UGGAGGCUGCGCAUUGGGGCUCAGCACCAGCACCCCCAGACCGCAGCGGCACCGGUUGGGGUCCGGGGGGGUCCCCGGGUCCGUGCCCCCCCCCCAGCACCAUGAAGAGGAUGUUCUCCUGCUCCAGCUCGCAGGUGGCGGUGGAAAGCUGGAACAAGCAGGACCAGAAGCUGCUGGAAGCAGUGGAGAAGGGGGAUGUGGGGCGCGUGGCCUCACUUGCCGUCCGCAAGGCAGCGCGUCCUGCCAAGCUGAACGCCGUGGGGCAAUCCGCCUUCCACUUGGCUGCAUCCAAGGGUCUCACGGAGUGUCUGACACUGCUGCUGGCACAUGGGGCACCCGUCAAUGAGAAGAAUGAUGAUGGCAGCACCGCUCUGCACCUGGCUACCAUUGCCUGCCAGCCCCAGUGUGUGAAGGUCCUGCUGCAGUACGGUGCCAACGAGGGCCAUGUGGAUGGGCAGAGCCGAACCCCCCUGCACUGGGCUGCCCCUGCAGCCACCUCGGGCUGUGCCUCCAGUGUCCUCCUGCUCUGUGACCACGAGGCCGUCCUGGACGUCACCGAUGCCCAUGGGCAGACCCCCCUGAUGCUGGCAGCAAGGGGCAACCAUGCUGCCAUCUGUGCCCAGCUCCUGCAGCGCGGUGCUGACCCCAACCUGAUGGACAAGGAGCAGAACACAGCCCUGGUGCUGGCCUGCGAACACGGCAGCCUGGAGUCGGCCGAGCUGCUGCUGAGCCAUGGGGCAGCCCUCGGGGACACAGGGGAUGAGGAGCGAUGGCACCGCCUGGAGCAGAAGAUCCCAAAUCCUGCCCUCCGACGGCUCCUGCGCUGCGCUCGUGGCAGAGGGGGAGCAGAGAACGGUGCUGGCUGCACCGAGGACUCCGUGCCACAGACAGAGGGGACCCCGUGCAGUGACAGCGAGGAGGAGGAGGAGGAUGAAGGCAAGGAUGAAAAGCAGCAGGAUGGGAGCGAUGUCCAGAGGCUGCAGGAGCAGCUGGAGAGGAAAACUUGGGAAUGCCAACGGCUGGAGGCUGCCUCCAACAGCAUCCGGCAGCGGGUGCGGGAGCUGGCGCAGCUCCUGCCCGGAGCCGGGAAUGGGAUCUCGGAUGAGGAUGAGGAUGGAGCCUGCCUGGCUCUGCUGGCGCAGCACAUGGAGGAGCUGAGGAAGAGGAUGGUGGCCGAAGGUGAAGGACACCAAGCGGGGGGUGCCGCUGCCCUGGUCCCGUUCCUGAGCUGGCUGCGGGAUGAGUGCGUCCGGCUGCGGGAGGCGAAGGCUGGAGCCUUCAUCCGGAGCAAGGGGCUGCGGAAGGAGGUGGAGGAAGCUCUGCGGAGCAAACUGCACUACGAGGUGGUGUCGGCCGAGGCCGUGCGGAGGAGCUUGGCCGCUUGGGAGAAGCUGGUGCUGGGGCUGGAGCAGGCGCUGAGCAGCGCGGAUGAGACCCAUGCCAAGAUCCUGGAGGAAUCCCGAGUCCUGCUGGGAGCCCUCGGGGAUCCCAAUGGGAUGACGGCUCCUUCCCAAGGCCCCGAGGCGGCUCCGGGUGGGAAGAGCCGGGAGGAGCCGCAGGGAUGUGGGGAGAUGCAGGAGCUGAAGGAGAACAACGGGAUGCUCCUGGCGGAGCUGGCGCGGCUGGGCCGGGAACGGGAGCGGCUGCAGGAGGAGCUGCGGGCGCUGCGGGAGCAGGAGCCGGGGGGAGCCGCACACGGGGGGGUGCGGAGGCUGCUGCGGGAGCUGGAGCUGCUGCGGGAUGGGAUGGGUGAGAGGAUGCAGGAUGCGGCCGGGGAUGCGGGGACCGGCAUCGUGCGGGAGCUGCAGCACAAACUGGACGCACUGGUGCGGUCCCAGCGGGAGGCUCUGGAGCUGCUCACGGAGAUGGAGGCGGAGGGAGCCCCGGCUGAGCCCCCGGUCCUGGCCGAGCUGCGGGAGGCGGUGGCGGAGCUGGUGCGGGACACGGAGCCCUCCGUGCCCCCGGCUCUGCAGCGCUUGGUCCGCAUCGUGUCCGCUCUACGGGACCGGAGCAUCCCUCCGGGGGCAGCGGAGGCCGAGGCCGAGCGCUGGAGGGAGGCGGCGGCCGAAGAGGAGAGGGCCAAGGAGGAGGCGCUGGCUCUGGCGGAGGAACGGGAACGGGAGCUGCGGGAGCUGCGGGAGAGGGCGGACGGGAUGGAGCGGAGCCUCGGCAGCCUCCGGGACAGGGCAGCGGAGCUCGCCAGGGCCUGCCGGGACAAGGACGGGAAGAUGAAGAAGCUGCUCAUGGAGACGGAGAAGCUCUCGGCCGAGGUGCUGGGGCUCCGCAGCCAGAGCGCCCGGCUCCAGCUCCAACUAGAGGUCCAGCAGAAGAACCACAGGGACAUCGUGGCCAUCUAUAGGACCCAUCUGCUCAACGCUGCCCAGGGAUUCAUGGAUGAGGGGGUGCACGCCAUGCUGCUGCGCAUCCUGCGCACCCAGGGCUGAGGGGCAGGAUCGGCCCCAUGGCUUCCACUGAGGCAUUAAAUGGGCCAAGCUGCCUGGUCCCAUCCCGUGUUC